UCAAUUUUCAGUUCACAUCGAACGCGAGAACUGUGCGGACGUGCAAGCGGCAGCGGCAAAGUUCGGCCUAGUAACACAAGUAACGCAACAACAAAAACCACGCGCUCCCCAACUUACACGUUCCGCGCGCUCUCUUUCUCUCACUCUCUGUCUUUUACUCAUUCACGCAACCUCAACAGGCGCCUAUAAUUUUCACCAAAUAAGAAGGAACAUAAUAAUAAUUAAUUAAUAAUAAUUAUAAAGCAACAAAAACACUUAAAACAACAAAUCAAACAAUUAGUAAAAGACUUGUGCCUCUCUCUCUCUCAAACUCUAUUGACUUUGUGUGCGUCGCUCCUUUUUAAACCGCGCUCCCCAUUCAGCCCUCCAAACUGCACUUGCACUGCCCACCGCCUAAGGAAGCCGCGUGUUCAAAGAAAAAAAAAAAUCCAAAAAACAAUAACAAAUUACUUGACAUAAAUAAAUAAAUAAAAAAAAAAAAGGCUGCCAAACUUGAAUUGUAAUUGUCAACACUGAGUGCCUAAUUGAACAGUUAAUAAUAGAAUAUAACAGUUGUUUUAUUUUUUUGAAAAUUUUUUUGAUUAUUUUUUGUUGAGUUCUGUGCGCUCGAAUAAAUUCAAAAGUCCUGGAUUAUUUUGAAUUUUUAUACCAGAAGUAAAACAAAUGCGAAAACAAAAGCAUAAGCCAAUACAAAAAAAGAUAAAGCGUGCGAAAUAAUGCAAAGUUAACGAAACAUAACGGGCCACACACGCACGCACGCAUGCUAACAAAACAAACAGCAAAAGCAAAGUGAAAUCUCACGCAGCACCAGCGCAGCAGCAGCGACGCCAGCAGCAGCAGCACACACACACGCACACUCCCCUAUACAUGAGCGUGUUGUAAUUUGCAAAGGAAAAUUUAAAAAAAAAAAAAAAUCAAGUAGGCUGCUUCCUAUCGAAAGUCAACAAUUAGAAGCAGCUUGUGAUCAUUUCUCACUACAACAAAACACUCACACAUAAAAACAUUAAAAAAAAAAAACAAAAGAGAAACAAAAGAGAAACAAAAAACAAAACCAAAAACAAAACAUAACAAAACAACAAAAAAUUCUAAAAUAAAAUAAUUUGGUUUUUUCAAUAUAAUUUAUUACUUAAAUAAACAUUUGCUGUUUACCUUGUGUGUGCAGUGGGAAGAAGCAAGAAAAAGAAGAAGAAGAAAAAGCAGCAGCAGCAGCAGCAGCAAAUAGUUCAAAGAAGAGAGACUUAAACAGUCCGAAAGCGAAGCUUUGAAUGCGAUUCAUACGCACACACUUGCAGUCGCUCACGCACAUACACACACAGUCACAGUCGAAGUUACAGACACAGACACAUCGCACAAUGACCUUGCCAACCAAUACAAAUGCAGCGAAUGGCAACGGCUGUGGCGGCGGCAGCGGCAAUGGCAGCAGCAGCGAUGAUGAUUCGGACAUGUUCGGACCGCCACGCUGCUCACCCCCCAUUGGUUAUCACCAUCAUCGUUCGCGCGUGCCAAUGAUCUCGCCGAAGCUGCGUCAGCGCGAGGAACGUAAACGCAUCCUGCAGCUGUGCGCCCACAAGCUGGAGCGUAUCAAGGACUCUGAAGCGAAUCUGCGCCGCAGCGUCUGCAUCAAUAACACCUAUUGCCGACUUACCGAUGAGCUGAGACGAGAGAAGCAAAUGCGUUACCUGCAGAAUUUGCCAAAAACCGAUAACAACAGCAGCACGGAAUUGGCGCGUGAGAACCUCUUCCAGCCCAACAUGGACGAUGCCAAGCCAAUGAACAACAACAGCAGCAACAACAAUAACAACAACAACAGCAUCACAAACAACAACAAUAAGCCUUACGGUGAUGUUAACGGCGCACGCACCAUUUGCUCCAUUGAGAAUCAUCAGUCGUCGCAGUUGCUGCGUCACGGUGCCACGCCCCCAGCUGCUAAUAGCAACACAAUGUCCUCUUCCAAUUCCACCUCCGCUUCCGCCUCCUCCUCCUCCUCCUCAUCGUCCUCGAUUGUGGCCGCUGCCGCCGCUGCUGCUGCGGCCGCACGCAAGCGCCAUCUAUCGAACAGCAAUCUGGUGAACGAUCUGGAGAUACUCGACCGCGAGCUGAGCGCCAUCAAUGCACCAAUGCCGCUAAUAGAUCCAGAGAUAACCCAGGGCGCCGAGCAGUUGGAGCGGGCAGCGCUGUCGGCGUCGCGGAAGCGCAUGCGCAGCAACAGCGAGGACGAGAGCGAUCGGCUGGUGCGCGAGGCUCUCUCACAGUUCUAUAUACCGCCACAGCGGCUCAUCUCGGCCAUUGAGGACUGUCCGUUGGAUGUUGUGGGGCUCGGCGCCGGCGUCGGCAGCAACAACGACCAAAUUGGCAUCGGCAGCAACAAUCACAAGCGCGUCAAGCUGAGCACCAGCAGCUGUGGCGGCUGUGGUGGCGGCAGUGGCAGUGGUGCUGGCGUUGGUGGUGGUGGUGGUGGCUGUGGUCCGGCCGACCACAUUGAGCUGGUCAACUUCGAUAUGAAUCAGAAUCAAAAGGACUUCGAGGUCAUCAUGGACGCACUGCGUCUCGGCACGCCCACACAGCCGAGCAGCGGCAGCGACUCGUGCGGCCAGGCGGCCAUGAUGAGCGAAUCGGCGAGCGUGUUUCAUAAUCUGGUUGUCACCUCGCUGGAGACAUGAAAGUAUCAGUAAGGGAUGCUGGAUAGACCCCAACCAACCAACCAACCAACCAACCAACAACAACAAAAGCAAAAGCAGAAGCAAAAGCCAACGCAAAAGCAAAAACAAAAACAAAAACAAAAUGAAACAUUUUUACAAUUAGACAAGACAAAGAGCAAAGAGUUUUUUUUAGGCUUAAUAUUUAGCAUUAGUUAUAAGCUAAGAUCUAAGCAUUAGCUAAUAAGCUAACAACUAAGACCCAAUUUACCGUUAGGCAGCGCUAGAGAGCGAGAACAAGAGAAGGAAAAUCUUCGCAUAGAUUGUAAUUGAUAACUGAAUUUUAUGUUUUUGCUUAUAUUUGCGUUUCGUUUCGGGCAGCUGCAAGUCGGUGUUGCAAUUACGACUUGGCCUACAAGAUCAACAAGAUGAACAACAACAAUACGAAGAGAAGAUGAAAAAAGAAAUAUGGAAAAACACAAAUAAUUGUCUCGCAAUUUGUACAAAACUUUUGUUUCAAUAACAUUUUGUGUGGAAACACAUAACAAAAUCAAAGAAUUUGUAGUCAGUCAAAAACAAGAAAAAAAAAAAAAAAAAAAAAAAAAAAAACUAAAUAAAAAACAAAAAAUUAAUUUGUAUAUCAAAUCUUCAAGUAGCCGAGUGAUAUACAAACAUACAUACAUAAAAUAUAUAUAUACUUACAUACAAAUGUAAAUGAUGACAUUAAGGCGAGGGAGAGAGAGAGAGAGAUAGAGUGAUGAAAAGCUCUAGGCUAGGGUAAGGCGUCAGUCAUUUUUUUUUAACUAAUUUUUUUUUUAAAUCCUAUAAAAAGAAGUAAAAACUACAAAAAAUUCCUUAAGUACAAUUGUGCCAGCUCCUAAAAAAAGGGCUAAAAAAGAAAACAAAAAUUACUUGAAUAUUACGAUGCGAUGCAAAGGCUCAGUUCACAUUCCAGAAAAAAAACCUGAAAAAAAAAACAAUAAUUUUAAUAAUGCUAAUAAUACUCGCCUGAGCCUUCAAUCAAAUCCUGCAUGAAUUACAAGUUCCGCCCAAAUGGUUCCAAAAAAGGCACAAAAUCCCAAUUCAGUUUGAUUACAAGAAAAAAAAAAAAAAGAACAGAACUAGUUCCUGCCGCUUUACCCAGGCAACCAUUUUCAUAGUUUUUUUUUUUUAUCGUGCUUUGUUAAAAACCAAAAAGAAAAAAGAAAGAAAAAAAUAGUUAAAAACAAAUCAAAUAAUAUACAAAUUCCGUUCUCCUAGUCACAGUAAAAGAAAUAGAAGAGCGAAACGAAGAGAAUGGAAAAACUAAAGAAAGAAACGAAAUUUUUGCUACAGUCUUAUGUGCCCGCCCGCACGCCACGAAGUAUUCAAUAAAAAAAAAUCCCAAAAUUAUGUUUGAAACUAAACUCAAAAUAAACCAAAAUUCCAAAUAGCCAGUGAUUAAAAUAUAAAAAAAAAUAGUUCAUAAAUAUUAACUGAAAGCUGGUCACACUGUUCGAGUGGCGCAGGGCGAGCUUAGCGUAGAUAACGGUUUCAUUUAUUUUGUUUUUGGUAUUUUUCUGUAAUAAUUUUCGCCACAUUUCCUUGUGUUCAAUCGAGAGCAACAACAAAAGCAAAAAACAAAAGCAAAAAGCAAAAAGCGAAAGCAAAACGCAAAACUCAGUGCACAACAGACAAAAGAAAAGUUGAAACUUGGAUUAUUAAAUAGCAAUUUAAUAAAAUAUAUACACAAAAAAGUGCAAUUAGAAUUUUUAUUAAAAUAUU